AUGGGGGCUCAAAGUUCUAAACAAAUUUCAAGAAAAUUACCACAGAAUGUAGUUUCAAAUGUCAAAUCAAGUGCAACUGAAACACAUUCAUCCAAAAAAGUAUCUAAUGAACCGAUAACAAAUGACAAAGCUACAGGAGAUGGAAAAGAUACCCGUUUAUUAAAAAAUUUAAAUACAAUUGGAUAUGUUAACUUUCCAAAAGAAAAGACCACAUUUAAACAGUCGGAUGAAAUGUUAAAUAUUCUUAGAAACAGAAAAGCAUUUGAUGAAGAAAUCGGGGGAAAUAUACCAAAAAAUCGUAUAUUUGUCUAUGAGUUGAGGGAAAUGCUAGAACAAAGGAAAAAAGCUCCUAAUGAAUUUACAGCAGAAAAGUUAUCAACACAAUAUAAUCUAGAUGUACCAACCAUAGAAACCUUGUUUCAACACAUAAAUACAUUUACAUUAACUGGAGGAGUAAACUCAAGAGCGAAAGAAUGA